CGGCUGUCAGAGACGCACGAGCGGUGAUAACAUCCACGGAACAGGCUGCGGGCAGGAGGAACAAAGAAAAAAAGCCGCCCGUGUGCGUGUAGCAAAAACGUCCUUUCACUCCGGCAACGCGGACACAUUUCCAGGUUUUGUGCAUUACUUGAAGCACUCACCAUUAACCGGGUGGUUGGCACUCGUCGUCGUACGCACUGGUUGUUGUUUUUUCCCCCGGUGAGGAUAGAGGAAACUUCGUCGUCGUGAGAGGGUUUUUUUGUCCGGUCGCCUUUCUCGAAACCUUUUUCCUUUUGGACACGCUGGGUUGGGAAGAGGUGCCGUGCGGAACUAACCGGAGCUUGGUAUCGGUGCCGGUGCCCCCGUUGGCUCCGUGGAGAUGCUCUGUUCUCUAGACUUCCUCAGUCUGAUGGAUUAAGAGAGGCCGACAGGAGCACCUGUCUCUCUCUCUCUGUGUCUUGCUCUCAAACACCCUCUGGCUGGAAUCCCUAAUCGCUGAUGCAGCCAGUGUGUGGCAGAAAGCAGCUGGAAAGCCUUUCAUGGGCUGUGAAGGAGUGUGGUUCCCCCUGGCUGAAGACGGCGUGCGUGUCCCACAGCACCUUUCUACCCAGGACCCACUGUGUUACCGUUGCGCCCAUGAGGUAACGUCAGGACCUAGCGCCCCCUCAUCACCACCCUCGGUCCAUCCAUCUCCCUCCCCUCUGGUCCCUCUUUCCCUCUGACCCACCCAGCCAUGGGCCAGAAGAUCUCUGGCAGCAUCAAGUCGGUGGAUGUACGCGGGGAGCCCUCGUAUCGGCCCGUACGCCGCGAACUGCGGGGCCCGGAUUUCUGUCGGCCCCCCAGGCUGGACUUGCUGCUGGACAUGCCGGCGGCCAGCCCCGAGACCCAGCUCCGCCACGCCUGGAACCCGGACGACCGGUCGCUCAACGUCUUCGUCAAGGAGGACGACAAGCUGACGUUUCACCGACAUCCAGUGGCACAGAGCACAGACUGUAUCCGCGGCAAGGUGGGCUACACCAGGGGCCUCCACGUGUGGAGGAUUCACUGGCCGGCUCGACAGAGAGGCACCCACGCCGUCGUGGGCGUGGCCUCCGCCGAGGCGUCUUUACACUCGGUUGGCUACACAGCCCUGGUGGGCUCCGACCCGGAGUCCUGGGGCUGGGACCUGGGUCGCAACAGACUCUACCAUGAUGGAAAGAACCGGCCCGUCUCCAUGUCGGCACCCACGUAUCCCUGUUUCCUGGAGCCAGACGAGUCGUUUGUGCUCCCAGACUCUCUGACAGUAAUACUAGACAUGGACGAAGGAACGCUGAGCUUCAUGGUAGACGGACAGUAUCUGGGAGUAGCUUUUAGAGGGCUCAAAGGCAAGAGACUGUAUCCCAUCGUCAGCGCUGUGUGGGGGCACUGUGAAGUUUCUAUUCGCUACGUCAACGGACUAGAUCCGGAGCCCCUCCCCCUCAUGGACCUGUGCAGACGAGUAGCUCGACUGACUCUUGGCAGGGAGCGCAUCCAUCACAUCGACACCCUCCCGCUGCCGCAGAUGCUGAAGAACUACCUCCAGUACCAGUGACCCACACACACUCUGAUGGGACGACACCGAGCUAAUGGCAGCCAGCCUCCAAACUGAACCUAAUCAGAACCAUCAGACAUCUGCUGAGGUUGCGGACGAUGGCGUUGACUACGAACAGGUGGUGAAGAUGGCGCUGCAUGGGGUUUGUCUGUUUUGAAUGUUUUUAUCUUCUGUUUUUGCGCCUUAUUUUUUUAAACAUUUUUUUAGCUGUCUUUCUACUGGACAGAGGAGCUGAUGAAUGAAACAAAAAGUGAGACAUUAAAAGGAGGAUGUUUUUAUCCAGUUUCCUGCUAAUCACAUGUACAGAGUCCUCGGUUUUGAAGGCCUUAAACGCUGUGGUUUUGGUGGUGACGGCUUAAACCGCCAUCUUUCCUGCACGUGCUCUGUGGAAAGCCUCCUCUGGAAAACAUGCUGGUAUUUACAGUAUAUUCCCAACAACACAGCAGGCUCUGUGGAGAGGCAACAAUCCCUCCAAGCCACAGGAGAGUCUACACGGUUCUCUUUCUGUUAGUGUGUACACAGUGCAGCACACAUGGAUUACAUACUGUGUGUGUGUGUGCGUGUGCGCGUGCGUGCGCACAGAAACAAAGCCUUGACUGUCUUUAGAAAAAUAACAACUCACUGACAAGCAGGCGGUUACCACCUACUGGCUAGAAAACCCACAACAACUCCUGUGUUUGAACCUUCUGAAUCCCCCUCCUCUCUCCUGCCAGCCUCUCUCUCUCUCCCUCUGUCUCUUCAUCACUCGCUCCAGUUUGAUUUUAAGCCUCCACCGUGUUUGGUGAAGUCAGAGGACCGCGGGCUCUGUUUUUCGACUCUGUAACGCUGAUAGAGAUUGAUCUGAAGGUUGAAGCUGUGUUUGACUGCUAAUGUGCCUGAGACGGAAACACACACACACAAAAAGCACAUGUCAACACUUCUGUCAUGUCACAAAGACACCCCCCCCCCAAUACACACACAUACACCAAGUUUUUAAUGCUGCUUUUCCAUCCUUUUUAUUCCAGUCUUAUCCCCAUGUGGGUUUUUUUUAUGCCUGAUUUACUUCUGGCCUUAUGAGUUUUUUUUUUUUUUUUCUUUUUUUUUAUAAAUGUUUUUUUCUCAUUCCAUGGAUCAUGAUAUUUGUCUGCGGGACAGGUUGUCUCGUAGGUAUAGGUAGAAAAUGUGCUGCCAUGAGAAUCUUUUAAAUGUGAAUAAAAACUAAACUGUUUCUGUGUGCUCUUUGAGUGUCUUGUGUUGCUGCAGGAAUGAGUUCUCAUGUAUGCACUACCGGGUCUCUUGUGUGGAGGUCAAUGGGUUUUAAUAUAGGAUUUGUGUUCGAUGCCUGGAUUAAGAUCUGUGGGUAGCACAAGUUAAAGACAAUAUUUUGCUCUAGUCUAGGAUAUAAAAAUAUUUUUUAUAUCGGAUAAUGUCAACAACACAUUACACCA